CUCUUUCUCUCUCUCUCUUCACCUUCAACAAAUCACGCACCAUCAUCAUCAUCUUCAUCGUCAUCACCAACUUCUUCAUCAUCACCAUCAAUGGAAUUCCCCUAACCAAACCACUUUUACCCUAAAAAAUCGAUCCUUCUUUCUUCCUUACUUUAUUAUUUUCUUAGGUUUUUUUUUUCUUCUCCUUUGUUUUCAGAAUUUUAAACUCUUAGUAUUAGUUUCAAGUUCUCAACCCUGUAGCUUCGUUUUUCUUUACAGUUUCUUGUGAUCCUUUUCACUAAGAAACCCUAAUUUCACACACCCACCGACUUCUUCUUCUUCUUCUCUCUCUGUCUGGCCCAUCCUGAAACCCACACUGCUUUUGCUUUUCUUUUUUUCCGGGAAAUUUGAUUUCUUUUUUCUCCCUUUCGUCAUUAUUAGUAGGGAAUGAUCUUUUAGGUUUUUUGUUUUCCCCCAAAUCUCACUUUUUCUCACUUCAUCUUCACAGAACCGAGUAAACCCUAGAUACUCCUCUUCUUAUUCAAUGGGUUUCAUCUCUGGGCUUAAUCAUUGCAAUUAUGUCUAGGGUUUACUCGGUUACCUUUAUCAUCAAAAUUAAGAAUUGAUCCUUUGAUCCCUUGUUCAUAAUUUAUCAUCCCUCUUUUGCUUUGGCAUAAAGUUUCCAUUUUUGCCACUCCUCUGUAGUCAUGGCGUACCAGUCUGUUCCGGGUUCUGGGUUUCACUACUUAAAUUCUCCUUUCGGUGAUACAACUUUCACUAAGGUAUUCGUCGGUGGACUUGCUUGGGAGACUCAAAGUGAAACCCUUCGUCGCCAUUUCGAACAGUACGGUGAAAUCCUUGAAGCUGUUGUCAUUGCUGAUAAGAACACUGGCCGAUCCAAAGGAUAUGGCUUUGUGACUUUCCGAGAUCCAGAAGCUGCGAGGAGAGCUUGUGUUGACCCAACUCCCAUUAUAGACGGUAGACGUGCAAACUGUAAUCUUGCUUCCCUUGGGAGACCUCGGCCUCCAUUGCCCUAUGCAUUGAUACCUAACAUUCCUGGACGCUUAAGACCAGCUUCCCCCUACAUUGGAAAUGUGCAGGGUCCUCGUGGUUCACUUAUGGGAAAUUAUCCGUAUCAGCAACCACCCCCACUUAACUACCAGCAAGGACUUGUGUAUCCUUAUGGGGUAACCGCAUAUGGACCCGAGUACAUGUACUCACAAUCACAGGGUUUAUAUGGUCCAUACAUGGGUCAGCAGUACCUUCAGGUCUAUGGAGUACCUGGGGCAGUGAAUUCACCAGUUUAUCAGUACGGGCAAUUAAGUCAGACUAUUCCCAGUGGCCACGGUUACACAGCAGUUCAAGGGUAUUCAGUUCCAGGAAGCCAUGUUCUACAGCUUGGUGGACCCACUGUCAGUGCCAUGACCACUUCAUCUAUGUCUGCUCUUCAAGCUCCAUACCCUUCAGGUGUACCAGGCCCUGCUCCUGUACAGUCGCAUAUCAUUGUCCAUUCCCCUCAAUUUAUGCAGAGUAGCGGUUCUGACCAAACAACAAGUUAUUCUUGAAGACUGAGGAGAAAACGAAGUUAAGCGGUAGCGAAACUGCUACUUGAGGUGGCAGCAGAGGCUUCCUGUUUUAUUAUUAAGUCUUGCACGUUAUCUAUCUUGCAUCCUAAAGGUUAUAUAAAAUAGUCUUGCUCACUGGGAAGGCGCAGAAGGAAACAAGAAAAACAAAUUGGAGUUUCAGGGUUUGUGCUUCCGUUUUCUUACCCAUCCAUCAAUGUGUAUAAACACAGCCACACAAAUGCUGCUGGCAUGAGCUCGGGUUGAGUUUGAAGGCACUAUAAUGGUUUUGCCCUCGGGAGGGGAAAAUCCAUUAGUAAUAAGUUGGUGUACAAUAUGCAUAUAUACACACACAUACACAAGCAUAUACAUGGUAGAAUCAAAAUCUGAUUCUUUUCUAGUCCAAAAGUCGUAAUACCACUACACUUACUUCAGGUGGAGGAGUGUAGUGAGUAACAUUUAUAGGUAUAUAGCCUUUGUCCCCAAGUUCUGCAUUGUAAGUAAACCAUGUUCAUGUCCUUGUCUGUUACUGUGCAUAUGUAGGGUUCUCUCUUCUCCAUGUCUGAACUGUUAUCCGAAGCUUACUUCAAAGUAUGGAGUCAGCUCCUUUCUCAGAAUUUAAUUGAAAAAAGUGAUUGUUCAGUAAACAAA